ACAAACACAUGUACAGUGACUUCCCUCCCUCAGUACUUACUUAGAUCUGGCAGUCGAACUCAUCCGUAGUCACGAAGGACCUUAACGCACUCAUGAACUAUGCGGAUCCUUUCAUGGAACAUUAAUGGCGUCAGGACUCUUCCUCAAUAUCACCCAUGGAAUACCUUCACUUCAUUUCAAGGAAUUCUGGAGCAUCUCAAGGCAGAUAUAAUCUGCUUUCAAGAAAUGAAAACCUCGCGUUCCAGCCUGCCACGCUGUGUUGCUUUACCAGACGAUUUUGAAGCUUUCUUCUCCUUCCCACAGAAUAAAGGAGGAUAUAGUGGUGUUGCGGUUUACGCUGACUCCCGCACUGUCACUCCACUCCGGGCAGAGGAGGGUCUCUCCGGUAUCUUGCAGCCUAAGCCACCUCUGACGUCGGAUGAUCGGAUAUCUCGUUCAUAUCCCUGUGCACAUGAGAUCGAACUAAUGCCGGACGAGCAUGGAUCAACCCCAAGUGAUUUCGCCGCCUUGGAAGCUGAAGGCCGUGCCCUGAUCGUAGACUUUGGCCUAUUCGUAUUGAUCAAUGUCUAUUGUCCAAACGAAACUUCCGACGCUCGUCUUCCUUUCAAAAUAAAUUUCCACAUUAUGUUGCAAGAUCGAGUUCGAAAGCUCAUGAAUGAAGGCCGGGAAGUUGUGGUCGUCGGUGACAUCAAUAUCUGCGCAACGCCAUUGGACCAUUGUGACGGUCAUCUUGCUAGUAACACUGCGACAUUCUACGACCAUCCUGCUCGUGCGUGGUUUCAUGGGUGGUUGAGCCCCAUUGGUUGUAUGACUGAUGCCGUGCGGACAUUCUGGCCUGGCAGAAAAGGAAUGUACACAUGUUGGAACAUGAAGAUUUCAGCUCGGGAGACCAAUUAUGGUACCCGGGUUGACUACAUUCUCGUCACACCCGGUAUGCUUCCCUGGAUCAAGCACGGAGACAUUCAGCCAUCGCUCAGAGGUUCUGAUCACUGUCCAAUAUAUAUUGAUCUUCACGACGAAAUAACAACUGAUGCUGGCGAACGAUUAUUCCUCCGUGACGUCUUGCCAAUGGACGGGAAACGCGAAGACCCGCCUCGGCUCGCAGCACGACUGUGGGAAGAGUAUUCCGGGAAGCAGACGCUACUAUCUACGUUUUUCGGGAAAGGGAACAAGCUGCGUUCACCUAGCAAUUCUCCACUUUCGUCGCUUUCUCCCACUCCAGACACACAACUGCCCAGGGAACAUUCUGACGCUGCACAGCCCGAUCACACGCAGCCUGUUGUUGUUAUUCCACCUCCAACACAUCCCUCGCUGAGCUCUCGUAAGUCCGUGUGCACAUCCACGAAUCAGAUCCUCCCAUCAUCGCUACAUUCCAAUCCCAUUUCAUCACGCCAAACUGCGCCCCCACCUAGUUUUGCCAAACGCAAGUCAUCAGACAACGCAGCUAAGAAAGUACCCAAGAAAUUGAAAGGCAGUCAAAGCAAACUGUCCUCGUUCUUUGCGCAGCCAUCAGUCUCGCCCCCUUGCAGUCAGGAAAUUUCUUCGGGCGACGUCACCGACCACCGGGAUUACAUAGAGUCCGACUAUCAGCUCGCACUCGAACUUUCCGCUUCACCUGAAAAUUCACUUCCGCAGGGCUUACUUGCCUCAGCGAUGCCUUCGGCUUCGCAAAGUAAAGCAGCGUGGUCGCAGCUGAUGGCUCCCGUCCAACCACCAAUUUGCCUCGUACACGGUGAACCUGCGAAGGAGCACACCGUUAACAAGCCAGGUCCAAACAAGGGGAAAACAUUUUUCCUCUGUUCGAGGCCUGUCGGUCCGGGGUACGACAAAGGUAAAAGCGAACGCCUCCGCGAAGAGGUGGAUCACCGAUACCGGUGUAAUUUUUUUAAAUGGACAAGCGACGUAAGACGGGAAGCCAAGGAUAAGUCUUCCACGUCAUGAAAUCAGAAACAGCCUCGAAGCAAAUUACACUAGUUGCAUAUACACACAUACCCCGGGCCGCGGUUGAUAUUAUCCUUCAUUAGGCAUUUAUUUUGGGGGUUUAGAAGGCGUCAUUGCAUGAGCAUUAGGCACGUGUUAGCCGCGUGCUUUACACGAUAAAACCACGAUGAAGACUUCCCUCACGACAAAUCGACGAAGAUGAUUAUACAUUUUGUACCCCUGAGCACUAUGAUCCGCAACCCGACGCACGGAUGAUAGACUAUAAGAAUCAUCAUGCGUACUGUUGUUCCAAGAUCAUUGACGUCCUUCCCUUUAGCGGACGACAAAUGCGCCUCACGGCCACUUCCUUGACGUCAAGCGAAAUGCAUAAAAUUUUUGUGUACGACACGGCGGCUAUAUUAUAGAAUAACAAAAUACGAAGCGCAAUC